CGGCGUGAUUUCCUCGCGCCGAGAGACCCAGCAGGAGCCUCGCAAAACCCAAUUCACGUUUUAUUUUAUUAUUUUGCCUCUCAAAUGCAUGGAAAUUGGCUGUUAGUAGCUUUGCUACAGGAGAAAAUCGCUAAUCUGCGGUGCAAAAUCGGCACACAGGGGUUUUCUCCGCGAUUGUCUAGACGCCAUGCGGGCGGGUCGGAGGCGCCAGACACAUUGUAUCCGGGGCGCGGAGCUCUGGAGCAACAGUCGCCGCUGCUACUCAGUAUCUGCGCCCCGCCAGCGCCCAGUGUCCGCGCUGGGCCUGAGACUGACCUCGGGGGAUGGGGCCCACCCGGGCUUUGAUGGGGGGCCGGGAGUCACUUCGUCCACCCAGGCAAGGCUCGAGUCCAGCGCCGGCCAUAUCAACUCCUGGGGGAUCUAGCAGCGCGGAGGCCGACCAGGAGGCCCAGAAGCCCCGCGCGUCUUCCAUUAGUGCAGUGACCUCGGGGCCACCGCUCAGAGAAUCGGAAGGCCUCCUCCCCCUUCCCGAGCGCUGCCACUGGGGCCGAGGUUUCCAGCAAGAACCCGCGUGUCCCUGCGCACGCACACACGGUGCACACGUCAGUCCGGCGCCUCCCCGUGCCCGGGCUCACGCAGGUCCUCCCGCGCGCCCGCAACGCGCCCGCAGGCUCCUGUGUCUGAUGCCGGGGCCACGGGGCCCGGAAGGCAGAAGAUGGCUGUGCCACCCACGUAUGCCGAUCUUGGCAAAUCUGCCAGGGAUGUCUUCACCAAGGGCUAUGGAUUUGGCUUAAUAAAGCUUGAUUUGAAAACAAAAUCUGAGAAUGGAUUGGAAUUUACAAGCUCAGGCUCAGCCAACACUGAGACCACCAAAGUAACAGGCAGUCUGGAAACCAAGUACAGAUGGACUGAGUACGGCCUGACGUUUACAGAGAAAUGGAACACCGACAAUACACUAGGCACCGAGAUUACUGUGGAAGAUCAGCUUGCACGUGGACUGAAGCUGACCUUCGAUUCAUCCUUCUCACCUAACACUGGGAAAAAAAAUGCUAAAAUCAAGACAGGGUACAAGCGGGAGCACAUUAACCUGGGCUGUGACAUGGAUUUCGACAUUGCUGGACCUUCCAUCCGGGGUGCUCUAGUGCUGGGUUACGAGGGCUGGCUGGCGGGUUACCAGAUGAAUUUUGAGACUGCAAAAUCCCGAGUGACCCAGAGCAACUUUGCAGUUGGCUACAAGACUGAUGAAUUCCAGCUUCACACUAAUGUGAAUGACGGGACAGAGUUUGGUGGCUCCAUUUACCAGAAAGUGAACAAGAAGUUGGAGACCGCUGUCAAUCUCGCCUGGACAGCAGGAAACAGUAACACGCGCUUCGGAAUAGCAGCCAAGUAUCAGAUUGACCCUGACGCCUGCUUCUCGGCUAAAGUGAACAACUCCAGCCUGAUAGGUUUAGGAUACACUCAGACUCUAAAGCCAGGUAUCAAACUGACACUGUCAGCUCUUCUGGAUGGCAAGAACGUCAAUGCUGGUGGCCACAAGCUUGGUCUAGGACUGGAAUUUCAAGCAUAAAUGAAUACUGUACAAUUGUUUAAUUUUAAACUAUUUUGCAGCAUAGCUACCUUCAGAAUUUAGUGUAUCUUAAUGUUGUAUGUCUGGGAUGCAAGUAUUGCUAAAUAUGUUAGCUCUCCAGGUUAAAGAUGAUUCAGCUUUAAGAUGUUACCCUUCCAGAGGUACAGAAGAAACCCAUUUCCAGAAAAGGUCCUUUCAGUGGUAGACUCGGGGGGAGCUUGGUGGCCCCUUUGAGAUGCCAGGUUUCUUUUUUAUCUAAAAUGGCUGCAAGUGGAAGCUGAUAGUAUGUAGGCACUUUGUAAAUUCAUAUUGAGUAAAUGAAUGAAAUUGUGAUUUCCUGAGAAUCGAACCUUGGUUUCCUAACCCUAAUUGAUGAGAGGCUUGCUGCUUGAUGGUGUGUACAAACUCACCGGAAUGGGACUUUUUUGGACAGAUCUUCAUAACCUGUUCCCACCCCAGUUCAUCAUCACCUCUUUUACACCAAAAGGUCUGCAGGAUGUGGUCACUGUUUCUUUUGUGCCAUUUUGGGGUGGAGAAGGUAGAUGUGAUGAAGCCAAUAAUUCAGGACUUAUUCCUUCUUGUGUUGUGUUUUUUUUGCCCUUGCACCAGAGUAUGAAAUAGCUUCCAGGAGCUCCAGCUAUAAGCUUGGAAGUGUCUGUGUGAUCGUAAUCACAUGGUGACAACACUCAGAAUCUAAAUUGGACUUCUGUUGUAUUCUCACCACUCAAUUUGUUUUUUAGCAGUUUAAUGGGUACAUUUUAGAGUCUUCCAUUUUGUGUGGAAUUAGAUCCUCCCCUUCAAAUGCUGUAAUUAACAUCACUUAAAAAAACUUGAAUAAAAUAUUGAAACCUCA